AUGUCAACCUCCUCCAUUGAUCAUACAGACCACGAAAAGGCAGCUCAAGUGAAUGUAGCUGUCACUUACGAGAGAUCCACAGUCGAAGAUGAGGAAUACGACUACGAUGAUCCCAAAAACUACAGUACCAACUACGUUGAUGAGUACAAUCCAAGAGGGUUGAGAGUUCCAACCAAAUCGGAAGAGGAAACUUUGAGAAGAGUCAUUGGUAAGAUCAACUACGCCAUCUUCCUCAUUUGUGUUGUUGAGUUUGCAGAAAGAGCCUCAUACUAUUCCGUUACUGGUAUCUUGGCAAAUUUUAUCCAGAGACCAUUGCCAGAGAACUCGCCACAUGGAUGGGGUGCUCCGCAAUCUGACGAUGGAAGUGAAAGUGCUGGUGCUUUGAACAGAGGAUUGCAAGCGGCUAAUGCGUUGACAAAUUUAAUUUCGCUUUUAGUAAGUGUUGUGCCUCUACUUGGUGGCUAUUUGGCAGAUACAAAGUGGGGUAGAUGGAAAACCAUUCAGUGGGGUGUUGUGUUUGGUGGUAUUGCCCACAUCUUAUUCAUCAUUUCUGCAGCUCCAAGUGUUAUUGCUAAUGGAAAAGCUGGUUUGGCGCUUUGUAUUCUUGCCAUCUUUACUUUGGCUUUUGGUUCCGGAUUCAUCUCACCCAAUCUUUUACCAUUACUUUUGGACCAGUACCCGGAGUCUGGAAACAGGGUCAAGGUCUUGAAAAGCGGGGAAAAAGUGAUUGUUGAUAGGGAAAAGACAUUGGAAAGUGUCACUAUGAUAUUCUACUGGGCAAUCAACAUCGGAGCAUUUUUUCAGCUAGCAACAUCCUACUGUGAAAGACGAAUUGGGUUCUGGUUUGCAUUUUUCAUCCCAUUGAUACUUUAUCUUGUUAUGCCACUUGCAUUUUGGUUUGUUAAGCCAAAAUUGGUUUUUGAAAAACCAAGUGGAUCAGUCAUUGGAAAGGUUCUCAAGAUCCUUGUUGUAACCUUCUCGGGUAACUUUGUCAAGCGUGUUUUUGAUGGUACAUUUUGGGAAUAUGCAAAGCCAUCAGCCAUGAGAGCAAGAGGCCGCGAAUACUUCAACACCAAGAAACAAACUCCUAUCAACUGGACUGAUCAACAUGUUCUUGACGUCAAGCAAACUUUUGAUGCUUGUAAGUUGUUCUUUUACUACAUCUUUUUCAAUUUGGCCGAUAAUGGAUUAGGUUCAGUGGAAACGUCAUUGGCAGGAGCAAUGAAUUUGAAUGGUGUUCCAAAUGAUUUGUUCAACAACUUUAACCCACUUGCCAUCAUUGUUGUCAUUCCAGUUUUGGACUUUCUCAUUUACCCGCUUUUGAGAAGGUUGCGUGUCAAUUUUAGGCCCAUUUACAGGGUUUUCACUGGUUUCGUUAUUGUAUCCUUAUCGCAAGUCGUUGGUGCUGUUUUGCAACACCGUGUCUACCAAACUUCUCCAUGUGGAAAUCACUCAACCAACUGUUCAAAGACAUCUCCAAUUAGUGCUUGGAGUGCUUCGGCAGUGUACAUUUUGACUGGUACUUCUGAGUGUUUUGCCAUGACCACCAUCUACACUUUGACAUACAACAGAGCAGCUCCAGCAAUGAAGGGGUUCACUUACGCUUUGAACUCGUUUACCGGUGCAAUCAGUUCGGCAAUCAGCUUGGCAGUCACCCCCGCUUUGACAGACCCAUAUUUGGUACUUGUGUUUGCUGUUAUUGCUGGAGUUUCGUUCUUGGCUGGUGCUAUUGUGUUGGUGCAGUUUUUCAAUUUGCACAAGACCAUGGCAGAAGAAGAAAAGGAGAGAAUGGCAUUGGGUGGAUCCGUAGUGUCUGAGAAAAGUGACGAAAAUAAUGAAUUAGAGGCCGUGAGGCCAGGCUUAAGCUCCAGAGAGCUGCUAUCCUCGAGUGUCAUUCAUGACGGAUUGCGAUCACAUUCAAGGAAGGGAGCAAGUCAUCUUCCGAGUCUUCCUAAUUCGCCUAGUGUUCAAUCAGACAAGGAUUUCUUCGACAAAGACGCAAAUCUUUCCAACCAGGAUGAUGCUGAGGGGAACAGCUAUGUUGAAUUUGAUUUGAGCUCGAUGAAUACGAGAAAUAGAACUAGCGAGUCGCUUUCAAAAGUAUCUGAAAAGGUAUAUACUCCUUCCAACCCUAACACGCCACAGAUUGAAGAGCAUCCUGAAAACCCUUUCAACACCACCCGACCUAAACUACAUCCAGAAUCACAAGAGGACGAUUUUUUUAGUGAAUCCAACUGGAAAGAGAUGAAGACGAUUUCUGACAUGGACUUUUACAAUGACAAGGGGGAACUACAGUACAAAUCCGAAUCGGGGCAUGAUUUCAUCCACAAUAACAACGUUCAUUUCGGAUAUACAAAAAUAGACACAGAAGAGCAGGUCAACAAGUACGCAGCUCUAGAUAAAAAGACGGAUUUCCUAUUCAAAAAUGCAACCCACAAACCACGUACUUAUGGAGAGAAAAAUGUACUUUUCGACGCAGAGGAUGAUGAGGAGUUUGACAACGAUGACGAAGUUGAUCCAAAUGAGGCAUUGACUGAUACAAAAGACAUGCUUUCUGAUUCCCAGCGAUUGGCGUACGUGGGAAUGGCUAAAUUGAUAACGGUAGAUAUGGCAACCAAAUUGGUUAUGGUGCAGUUUGGCACGAGCAGCAAAUUAGCAAAGCAAAUGAGUGAGUCCCAGAAACAUUUUUCCAAUUGGUCUUCGAGUACUUCGCUCAAAUUAUACGAUCAUUUGGGUUUGAUCAAGGAAGAGAAGGAGAUGAUUGAAAAUCUUAGUAAGCACGGAGUAGAGGUGAAUGAUUUGGUGAAAAGCAUAACGUCUUUGGAGCUUAACAAACCGGAGGCACUUCGAGAUAGCUUUGAUUUGAGAUGGGUUUUAGUGUGUGAUUUGUUUUUACUUCUUCUCAGUGAUGGCUAUUAUGACGCACGCUCGAGGUCCCUCUUGAUGACAUUUGCAGAUAUAAUGGGAAUAUCCAGCUUGGAGAUUUUGCAGUUUGAACGAAGAUUAAUGGAAUGUCUUGAUAUGGAGACGAAGGAGAAAUCGAUUGAAAACAAAGACGAAUUACUAAACGAUCAGCUGUUUGUCAAGCAACAAAUCAAAAAGAACAAGAAUAAACGGUUGGUCAUGAUUGGGUUGGCAACUUUGGGGGGAAGUUUGGCCAUUGGAUUAUCUGCGGGGCUAUUGGCUCCAGUUAUUGGGGCAGGUAUUGCUGCAGGUUUGACAACAGUGGGAAUUACGGGGACAAGUGGGUUCUUGGCCGGAGUUGGAGGCAGUGUUUUGAUUACUACCAGUGGAGUUGCCAUUGGUGCCCAAGUUGGGAACAAAGCCGGCUCCAGAAGAGUGGGUGAUGUGCAAACAUUUGAGCUCAAACCGUUACACAAUAAUAAAAGGCCAAAUCUAAUAGUAACUGUUAGUGGUUGGAUGAAUGGUGCAAUGGAUGAUGUCAGACUUCCCUUUUCAACUGUUGAUCCUGUAAUGGGGGAUAUGUUUUCAUUGCUUUGGGAACCAGAGAUGUUGCAAUCUAUGGGUCAAACAAUUGGAAUAUUAGCCAGUGAGGCAUUGAGUACAUCUAUACAACAAAUACUUGGUGCCACUAUACUAAGUGCUUUGAUGUCAGCAAUCCAACUACCAAUGGCCUUAUCCAAGCUAUCCUAUUUGUUGGACAAUCCAUGGAAUGUGUCGUUGGACCGUGCAUGGAAGGCGGGAAAGAUUUUGGCAGAAACAAUCUUAUCUGGAAACUUGGGUGUGAGGCCUAUAACGUUGGUUGGAUUUUCAUUAGGUGCCAGGUUGAUUUAUUCUUGCUUGAUUGAAAUGGCGCAGAGAGGGGGCUAUGGGCUAAUAGAAAAUGUGAUUCUCUUGGGUGCACCAAUUGCUAUUGACGUGGACCAUCUCGCCCAGGCGAGGUCCGUUGUCAGUGGUAAAUUCAUCAAUGGGUAUUCAAAGAAGGACUGGAUAUUGGGAUAUUUAUUCAGAGCAACUGGUGGUGGAAUUCUGACGGUUGCUGGGUUAUCAGCAUUGGAAACUGUUAGCGGGAUUGAGAAUAUUGAUUGUACUGAAUUUGUGGAAGGGCACAUGUCUUACAGAAAAGCAAUUCCAAAGAUUUUAAAGUCCAUAAAUUGGGAAGUUUUGAGCGAUGAUUUUGCAGAGAUUGAAGAGCCUGAUCCGGAGCAAGGGGAGAGACAAAGACAGUUGAUUAGCGAGUUUGAUGAAGCUAGAGCAAAAAUGGAGGAACAGAAAUCUACACAGACAGAGCCUAGGGGAUGGAAAAAGUGGUUCAAGCCAAAGAAGAAGGAUUGGUGGGAUAUUUAUGGUCAGCCUGGUGCUGACAAAGACAAAAAGGAUAGAACAAGUGAAGAAUACAAUGUUGAGGAGCCACCUGUCUUUGACAUAGAGGCCUUGGCUCAUGAAGUUAGUGAUAUUGAAGCAGCAGCAGCAGUAGCGACUGAGGCAGAAGGGGCAAAGAGUAAGUAA